UUAUAAAUUCCCGUCAGUAUGGUUUGGCGAUGGUUGGCGAGAUGGUGCGCAACUAAAGAGCCCCGGCCGAAAACUGGAAUCCCAACGCAGUCGUAUCAUUCACUGCUAAAAUGAGGAGCCCUAUUCUUCGAGCCAUUUGCGCUAUAGUGUGCGUUACGCAAUCGAUACAGCCCGCAGUUCAACUGCAGCUUCCAACUGAUCGCAUCAAUUCAAUGCAGCCAAGUUCACCAUGUCCAGAAUAUUUAAAACUCGAAAUUGAUCCAAUGACCAAAGAAUUGCGUGGAAGGUUGUCUAUACCUCCACCUCAAAAUAGUUCAGUGAUAACAGUGGAUUUACGACUUCGUGUGAACGGUGAUGUGGGAAAUACUUUUUCUGGUUCCAUUGAACCAACCGAAGAUAAGGGCAAGAUUUUUCAGCAGUUGAAAGAGGGAAAUUUCAAUCCUGUUGUUUACAACAUUAUUUUCCCAGCCCAAAAUGCAACCCCACAACUAACAAGCAUUAUAGUAAAUCGUCAGUCAAUUUGCCAGAACCACACAGGAAUACCAAACGACUACCAAACAGAACUGGCUUUAAAGCACGAAAUAGUUUCACCAUAUCUAAUUACUGAUCUUUCUUCAAACAGUCGUCCUGAUAAUGGUGUAGAUUCCACUGGACAAAAACCACUUCUGACAGCACAAAAGAAUUUCUCAAACCUCCACAAAAGACAGGCAAACUCCUGGAAAAAUCCAUCUACCUCUUGGAAAAGCCAAACAUCAUCCACCUGGAAAGCAACACAAAAAACCACUAACUCAUGGAAAAACACAACCCCUUGGAAAAGUGCGACCACAAAAUGGACAAUUACAACCCCUUGGAAAAGUGUGACCACACAAAGGACAAUUACAACCCCUUGGAAACGUUCAACAACAAAAAGGACAACCUCAACCCCUUGGAAAAGUGCGACCACAAAAAGGACAACUCCAACCCCCUGGACAAGUGGGGCAACUCAAAGGACAACCACAACCCCUUGGAAAAGUGCGACCACAAAAUGGUCAACCACAACCCCUUGGAAAAGAGUGACCACAAAAUGGACAACCACAACCCCUUGGAAAAGUGCGACCACAAAAUGGACAACCACAACCCCUUGGAAAAGAGUGACCACAAAAUGGACAACCACAACCCCUUGGAAAAGUGUGACCACACAAAGGACAACCCCAACCUCCUGGAAAAGUCAGACAGCACAAUGGAAGCAGAGCACGAAAAAAACAACCUCCUGGAGAAGUACGACUACUCUCUGGAAAGGUUCAACGUCCUCUUGGAAAAGUCAAACAACACAAUCGACCACUCGAACCCCGUGGCAGUCUACGACAACAACCCCCAAGAAAAUUUCAACAACACCGUGGUACAGGUCUACUAUUACCUGGAAAAGUCAAACUCAAAGAGCAACUCUUUCAACCUGGAAAAGUGCAACAACGCAACGGACCACUGAAGCAACCUGGAAAAGUUCCAGAGCCUAUCCCAUUUCAACAAAACAGCCAAACACUAUUGAAGCGCCGUCUGAUACAGAUAGAUUCGACUCGUGCGGCGUGUCUCAUGAAGUGACGAAUUUGAUCAUAAAUGGUGAUACCGUAGCUAAAGGAGCUUGGCCUUGGCUCAGCGCUAUUUACAAAGUAGAAGAGACAUGUUUUACUUUCAUUUGCGGAGGAACUUUGGUUACAAAAAGACACGUUGUUACAGCUGCGCAUUGCGUGCUUGUUACCCAAGGAAAAGCUGAUUUGAUGCAACCAGAAAAGAUUCUUAUCUUUCUGGGAAAAUACAACAUUUUGAACAUAAUUGAGCAAGAUUCCAAGUCGAAAGAAAUUUCAGGAAUUACCAUCCACCCGAAGUAUACAGGACGAUUAUUCGAGUACGCCGGCAUCGACUUAGCGAUUCUCACGUUCAAAAGCCCAACAACGUUUGGACCGUACAUUAAACCCGUCUGUUUAUGGGAUUCAACCAAACAGUAUGCGAAAACAGGAAAAGUUGUUGGCUGGGGACGUGACGAGUAUGGCAGGCCUUCCAAAGCACCAAAGCAAGUUGACAUGCCGAUUGUUAGCAAUGAGCAAUGCAUCAAAGCUGAUCCUAAUUUCGCCAAAAUAACUUCUGACACAACAUUUUGUGCUGGAUUUAGAAAUGGUUCUGGUCCUUGCAAGGGUGACAGCGGCGGAGGGCUUUACCUUUGGGAUCAGGAAACGAGAAAGUGGUCCAUCAGAGGGAUUAUAAGCCAAGCCCUGUUGGAUCAUGAAAAGCAAUCAUGCGACCUAAAAAACUAUGUCACAUUCACUGACGUAAGCAAGCUUCUGGACUGGAUCAAGAAAAUGAUUCAACAGUAGAAGCUGUAGUUUUUGUUGGACAGCCGCGAUAUCGCGAUAUGUUUGCAAGUUAAUUGAAACAUUGAAAUUUUUUAAUUGUUAUAUAAUUAACAAAUCUCAUCAAACAAGGUGUCCAUUCUUUAAACCAUGUCCCUCGUGCAUCAAAAGCCACUCUUUCACUGACACUUUCUUGCCGCUUGAGUAGUUUCCAACCCUCUGUUUUCCUGAGGUGGAGGGCGAUGGUAGCACACGGUGGCACGGUACCAUUAACUGAAAAGGGUUGUUUGCCAUUGCAGAUCCAGCUGCCCUAGUUGCUUCUGCGAAUUUUCAAUCGUUUUUUAGUUUAAACACUUAGAGACUUGUGUUGUUUUAUAUUACUUGGAUUGCCUGCGAGCGUUGCUAGCUCUUUGUAACUAACAGUCUCUCCAAAGGGAACUUUUAGAAGUGCAACAUACACUCUGUCAUAGAAAGGUGCAUCUGAAAUGUUGAAUUGUAUAUUUUUUUAAAAAUUAUUUUAAGCGGCUGUAGCAAGUAAAAUUGUCAAUAUAAAUAGACACAAAAGUUUCAUUUGUAUUUUCAAUAAAAUUAAUCAUAAUCAAA